AUGAAAUAUUAUUCAGAUAAAUCUAUUAUAAUACUUAAAUAUUAUACGAAAUUAUUGGAAUUUUGGAAUGGAAAAUACAUAAUGGGCACUGUAAGUUUACCUAAUGCAAACAAAUUAAAAUCAAAAUAUGAUAUUUCAAUUCAUUUUUAUACAAAUUUUGGCUUCAUAUCUGAUGUACAACAGUUUUCAAAUAAAGCUGGAGAUUUAAUGAACAAUAUAAUCUGCAAUAUAAAGAGAGAUAUUUUGAUAUUUUUUAAUGAACAUAAUGUUCUUAAACCACCAAUAGCAUUAACAAUUGAUCGUGUUAAAUCUGAAUUUACUGCUUUAUGUCGAAAAACUAAAUCAAUUCAAAUUGGCAUAUGUCGUAGUACAGAUCGAUCUUUAUAUAAUAAUAAAACAAUAAAACAUUUAGGUGCAUUAACAUUUCAUGAAUUUGAAAAUCUAUCUCAAAAUGAAGAACUUACUGAAAAUCAAACAUCGUCACCAAAUACUGAUUCAAAAAGACUUUUAAAUUUAUUUUCAACUAAAAAAAAAUCAAUUUCAAUUCAACAACAACGAAAUUCUAGUUCUUAUAGAGAUAGUGGUUUUGUUGAAACAGAUGUUGAUCAUAGUCUUACUUCAAAUUCUAAUAAAUAUCGAAGUAAAGCAUCACCCGAACUAAGUGAAGAAGAUGAUUCAAUGUCUACACAAAAAUCAUUUGAUUCAUCUGAACAAUCUACUACAAAGAACAAAAAGACAGCAGUAUAUCAAGUUAAUAUUCAAUCAGAUAAACAAUCAAGUGGAAUUUCUUCAGAUCAAUUACUGAAUAAAUAUCGUCAAUCUCAACGUAACAAUUUACCUACACAAAUUUUAACUGAUGCAUGUUUUGUAUAUCGUCGUCAAAUAAUCAAAAAACCAACUUCAAAUGCUAUGAUUCUUCGUGGUCGUGAAAUAGCUUAUCAAGCAGCUAAUUCUCCAACAAUACCACAUUCAAUGCCAAAUUAUACACAUGAUCAAGUUCGAGAACUCUAUGGCGAAUUAGAUAAAAAAACACGUCGUUUACAAGAAAAUGAAUAUAUUUCUCAUACACCAAUGAUAGAUGCAUGGAAUGAAAAAUCUCCAUGGAUUUUAUCUUCAUCGAUUAAAAAUCAAUUAUCAGAAGAAUGUCCUUUACCAAAAUUUCAUAUCGAUAAUAAUGAUCAAACAAUGCCUAUGAAUACAUAUUUAUCAACAGGUUUAAGUAAUCCACGAACAAUACCAAAUACAUCGAUAGAUACAACAAAUGAUAAAGAAACAAUUCGAGGUAGUUUUCGUACAUCAAUUGCUGAUCGUACAACAAUUAGUCCAUCACCACUUUUACUUAAUGUUCAUUUUGAUUAUAAUAAACUUACAGCUAUAUCAACAAAUAUAGAUGAUCAAUCGGCUUUCUUAGACGAUAUUCAACAGAAAACAUCAAUCAAUUCAAAUUAUGAUUUAAUUGAAAAACAAUCUGACACAAUCGAUUCAGCUUUAUCAUCACAACGUCUUAAUGAAGAAUCGAUAGCAUUAACAAAUAAUAUAAAUUCAACAGCACCAAAAUUCAUAUCAUCACCAAUGAAGACUUCGAAAAUGGUGGAUGUUGAUAGCUUAAUUGAUCUUGAUGAUGAAACAACAAUUUCUUACAAUACAGCUGAAGAUUUUCAUAUGGAAACUGAACCUGAUUCAAUAUUAUCCAUUAAAAAUAAUGAAACAACAAAUACUCAUUAUCAAUCAAUGGAUACAGAUUCAUUAAUUGCACAUGAUGAUUUUUCCAAUAUUAUUAAAACACCAGAAAAUAAUAGUUCUUAUGAACCAUUUAUAACAUCUAUUCAAAUAAAACAAGAAAAUACUUUUACGGAUAAUUUCUGUGAACCACUAGAAAUAUUUAAUCAUACAAAUGAUAACUUAUUAACAACAAAUCAUGAAGAAAAUUUAUCUCAACAUAAGCCAUCAUCAAUAAUUCAUAUAGAUCAUUUAAUAAUAACAGAUGAUGAUAUAGAUAAAGAUUCAACUAUUGAUAGUCUUGUCAAAAUAAAUAAUGAUAUCAAGCAAAGACAAUCAUGUGUUAAUCAUUUACCUAUUAUCUAUAAUCAUACAAUAAGACAAACUGAAAAAGAAUUAAAAAUUAAUGAAAAAAAUUCGAAUGAACCUUCUUUCAAAGUUGCAAUGGAUAAUGCAAAUGAACUGAUAAAAGUUAGUAAUCCAAAUGCUGUAGUCAAUCAAGUUUUGUCAGUUCUAUCGGAAGAAUUAACUUAUGAACCAUUUAAUGAAAUUAAUAAUUUAGACACUAUUAUUCAUGAAGCUGAAUCAUUAGUUGAACAAUCUAUUGAAUCUGAACAAAAUUUAAAUGUACUACAAUCGAAUCCUUCAUCUAUUAAUAAUUUAUCUCAAAUAUUUAACGAUUCUUUUUCAAAAAAUCGAAAUAAUCAUCAAGAAUUAUUUAUUAAUGAAGAAGAUAAUUAUCGUCAGAAAAUAAGUGAUAUUGAUGAAGAUUUUGAAGAAUUAUAUCAAAGUUAUCUAACUAAUCUUGAUCAAUAUCAAACAAUGAUACAACAAAUUGAUAAAAUCGAACAAUAUCAACAUAUAUUAACACCUAUAAGUGAAGAAUCAAUAACAUUAGUUGAACGUGCUAAUAAUGAUAAAGUUAUAAAAACAAAUAAUAAUGAACAAUUUUGUUUAAUAUUAACUGUACAACGUCAAUUAAAUCAUAUUGGACAUUAUGGAUUUGAAUUAGAACAAACAAUAGAUGGCAAAAUAACAAUUUCAUCAAUUAUUGAUUCAAAUUAUUGUCCAAAUUUAAAUGUAGGUGAUGAAAUUAUUGCUAUAAAUAAUAAUUCAACAUUAAUAACACUUGAACAAUGCCAUUUAUUAUUUCAUUCAUUAUGGUAUAAUCAAUGUGAAUAUGUACAAAUAAUUGUUAAUAAACCAAACUACAUUACAAUAAUACCAAGUAAAUAA